AUGGGCGUCGCUGAAGAUGCUUCGUCGGGCGUCGGCUAUAGGUGGGGGAGGAACCACGGCCGUCGCCGAGCCGCACGCGUGAACCCCUGUGUCAAAGCCGAGCCGCGCCUGCGCCAAGCCGAGCCGGUCCCUGUCCUCUUCCAGCCGAGCCGCCAAGACCAAUUUGGCUCCAUCCACCUACAUUUUGGGCGUCUUGGACCGAGUGACCGGUGCGGCGAGAGACUCUCUUCAGUAGGGACUCAUCCACUGCAACCUUUUCUGGGGAUCCCGUUGCUUGGAAAGCACACGUGUCUUGCGGUUAGGACUCGUCGGGUGAAUCUCCAGGGAGAAUGCCGCCACGUAGAGGUGCACGCCGAGGAGGUGGUAGGGGAGGCAGAGGUGCCGGUCGUGGCCAGCCGGAGGCGCCACCUGCUGCACCGGCAGUCGACCCAAAUGCACCGGUCACCCAGGCGGAUCUCGCCGCGAUGGAGCGGCGCUAUCAGGACAUGCUGCAAGCUGCUUUGGCGCCUUUCCUAGCCGCCCAGCAGAACCAGGCCGCCCAGCAGAACCAGGCCGCCCCUGCUCAGGCCCAAGCCG